CCCGUCGCUGCCGUCGUCUUCACAGUCGCACUUCUCAUCGCAAUCGCACUCACACUCACACUCUUCACUAAGUCUGGCGGUGGUUCUGGAGGUUUGGUUCCUUCGAAGUCUACUCUCUAUGUUUCCAAUUUCGACUAUUCACUCACUAAUUCCGACCUCCACACUCUCUUCUCCAACUUUGGUAAGAUCGCUCGUGUUACGGUGUUGAAAGAUCGACAGACUCGCAAGUCUCGCGGCGUUGCCUUCGUCCAGUUUAUUUCUCAGGACGACGCGGUGAAGGCCGCGAAACAGAUGCACGGGAAGAUUUUGAAUGGCCGUGUUCUUAAGGCUGCUAUAGCGACUGAUAAUGGUCGUGUCGCUGAGUUUAUAAGGAAGAGGGUUUAUAUGGAUAAGAGUAGGUGCUACGAGUGCGGCGCAAUUGAUGGGCAUUUGUCUUAUGAAUGCCCUAAAAAUCAAUUGGGGCCAAGGGAGCGACCAGAACCGAAGCGGGUAAGAAGGGGUGGAGUUGGUGCUAGGCACGAGGAGGAUUGGGGAUCGGAUGUUGGAGAAGGGUUUGAGGAUGACAAUUGGGCCUCUGUGGUGGACGGAGAUGCAGACCAGAGACUCCUGACUGGCGGUGAGAACAUUGUAGAGAAGAAAAAAGAGAAGAAAGCAAGUUAUUUCAGUGACGAGAGCGACGAAGAUGAUUAACUGAGCCUGUCUCUUUGGAAAGAGUUUGUAAAAGGCUACAUUAAGAUAUAUCAAGGUUGGAGACCAAAGUUGAGAGGCUAAAGUCGGUAGUACAAGUUAAAGAUAGGGAGAUUGCAACAGUUACACGAAUAGAAGCCAAAGGUAAGGCUGCUUUUAAAGCUCAAAUUGACAAGCUACAGUAGGAAAAUGUUGAACUCCAGAGAAGGGUUAUUGGCAAUCAGCAAGUAAGAACUCAACAAAUACAUGAGAUGAAGGAGAAAGAAAAGGAGUACAUCAAAUUGCAGGCUACAUUAAGAUAUAUCAAGGUUGGAGACCAAAGUUGAGAGGCUAAAGUCGGUAGUACAAGUUAAAGAUAGGGAGAUUGCAACAGUUACACGAAUAGAAGCCAAAGGUAAGGCUGCUUUUAAAGCUCAAAUUGACAAGCUACAGUAGGAAAAUGUUGAACUCCAGAGAAGGGUUAUUGGCAAUCAGCAAGUAAGAACUCAACAAAUACAUGAGAUGAAGAA